CCCGCGAGUCACUGGUGUCCUGCCACGUAAGCUCGAAGCGGAAAAUGCCGCGGCCUCCGCUCGACCUCUAUCUCGCUGUCGACGUCCCCGCCCUUCUUUGCUUCCCCCUCGAAGGUCCAUGGCCAUGGCGAGCUCGCUACCGUGCGGUGGCUCGGCCACCGCUCCGCCGCCUCCUCCGACUUCCGUCCGUCGCCCUCUCAAACUUUCACCCAUCCACCCUCCGGUGACCAAGAAUGAAACCCCCGCCGUUGUGACAAUCAGCAGGAGGAGUUCGUUGCUCUUGCCGUUCCCUUUCUUCUUCUCGUCCUCCUCGUCUGCCGCCGCUUCUUCUCCGUCGCUGGAACCCUACAUUGACCCGGCCCAGGGGUUCACCCUCCUGAGACCGGCCUCCUGGAUUCAGGUGGAGAAGGCGGGGGCGACGGCUUUGUUCGAGGAAGGGAAGGGGAGUAACAGCAUCGGUGUUGUGGUGAACCCUGUCAGGCUUGCGUCUCUGAAGGAUUUUGGGACGCCGGAAUUUGUGGCCGAUAAGCUCAUUAGGGCUGAAAGGAAAAAGGAAAGCACUAAAGAUGCCGGACUGAUUAGUGUUGAUGAAAGAUUAGGUCACAGUGGCCUGCCCAUCUAUGAGUUUGAGUACCAAGUUGACAGCACAAGAGGAGGGAUGAAGAGGAUUUUUUCAGCUGCAUUUGUCACAUCUAGGAAGCUUUAUCUCCUGAAUAUAACCUACUCGGACCGUCCAGAGAAUCCUUUGGACAAUUCUACUAGAUUGGUGUUGGAACAAGUUCUUCACUCUUUUGACACGUUAUAGCAUAGCCACAUCAGGUUCAUUAUAUCUGAAUAUACUUCUUUUGGUUCCAUGAAGGUUUUGCAUUCUCACCUGAUCCUUGAAAUCGAUUGGUCUUUAUUGCGCUGUUAUUUAACUAUAAAUUCAUGGAAUCCAACUGAACUUAGCAAUGUGUUAAUCAAAGCAGGGUUUAAUCA